AUGGAUAGUUGCAAUGAAGAUCAUGGAGUUCCAAAUGGAGGCGAACAUGAUAUGACAUCGCAUGAUUUAGAGAAUAUUUCUGAAGACUCUAUUGAUGUGGAAGGCCAUGAUGAAGUAGUUGUGAUAAAUGGGAUGGAUGAUAUGUUGAAGUAUGAUAUGAAGAGUUUGAGCAAUGUAGCAGCACUGAAGUUUCCAUUCCCUAAUCGUGAGGUUGCUUAUGAGUUUUAUAACCUAUAUGCUAUGGUGAAAGGGUUUGCAGUGAGGAAGAAUAAAAUUUUAAGGAACAAAAAGGGGGAUGUUGUGCAACUAUCAUUUGUUUGUUUUAGAGAAGGAUUCCGCAAAGUGGUAGCAAGAGAAAGCCGAAAGAGAAAGAAGCAGGAUGAGCGACGAUGUGGCUGUCCUGCAAACUUCAGGGUGCAUGUUGACAUUGGAACUACUCGUUGGUAUGUUACAAAAUUUGACGAUGAACACAAUCACGAGUUGUUAAGUGAAAGGCAUGUUGGAAGGUUGACCCUCCAUAGAAGGUUAAGUGACGGUGAUGUGGUGCAACUCAAUGGCAUGAGGAAUGCUGGCAUAGAUGUAACUGGAGUUUAUAACUUGAUUGCGAGUCAGUCUGGGGGAUUUGAUAGAGUGCCAUUUACGAAAAGGAAUUUACACAAUCAGAUCGGCAAACAAAGGAGGGUGUUGAAGUGUGAUGUCCAAAUGACUAUUAAGUAUCAUAAGGGAAUGCAGAAAAAAGAUCCUCUAAUGUUUUGGCGACAUCAUGCAAACGAGAAUGGGAAACUAGAACAUCUGUUUUGGUCUAAUGGCAUAAGCCAAAAUAACUAUGAUGUAUUUGGUGAUGUUGUCGCGUUUGAUGCUACCUACCGCAAGAACAAAUAUAAGUACCCAUUUGUGAUGUUUUCUGGUCUAAAUACCCACAACCAGACAACAGUCUUUGGAAGUGCAAUUAUUGCAAAUGAAUCUAAAGAGACAUAUAUCUGGCUGGUUGAGAGGUUGGUUGAAGCACUAAAAGGUAAAUGUCAUACAUCUUUUAUUACUGAUGGACAUUUGUCCAUGCAAUAUGCUAUUAGCAUUGUAUUUCCAAGGGCCCAUCAUAGAUUAUGUGCUUGGCACUUGCUGCCGAAUGCCACAAGAGACAUUAAGGUUCCAGGAUUCACUCAGGAGUUCCAAAAAUGCAUGUUGAUUGAUUAUGAAGUGGGUGAAUUCAAACAUAAGUGGGAUGCUCUGGUGUCUAAAUUUGAUGUGGAAGACAAGGAAUGGGUGUUGGAAAUGUAUGAAAAUCGAAAGAUGUGGGCAGUAGCUCAUAUUCGGGGUUGUUUUUUUGCUGGUUUUCGAACCACUUCACGAUGUGAGAGUUUGCAUUUAGAAAUCAAAAAAUUUAUACAUUCAAGAUAUAAUUUGACUGAAUUUUUACAACACUUCCACCGAUGUUUGGAUUUUAUGCGGUUUAGGGAGGUGGAGCCAGACUUGGCAUCUGUGGUUGGGAAGCAACCCAUGGAAACCCCCUUCAAGCAAUUUGAGAAGUCCGCUGCUUCGCUGUACACACCGACCAUUUUUGAAAAGUUUCGUUCAGUUAUUGUGAAAGCAUUCCUGGUUUAUGUUAGUGGCCGUAAACUGACUUCUUCUUUGCAAAUCGUCACAGUAUCAAAGUUUCGCAGACCCGGUAAGGAGUGGCAUGUGUCCUUUUAUCCACCAACACCAAUUCUGAAAUGCUCUUGCCAAAGAAUGGAGUCAAUUGGGCUUCCGUGCGAGCAUAUUGUUGCUGCUGGUGUAACCGACAACUGGGGUUAUGUUGAGAUGGCUCGCACUGCUACAUUAUUAGAUGGAUGCAGAGAAAUGUGCAAAUUAGCUGGUGCUUCAUUAAAUGAUUUCACAACCACAAGAGAGCUUGUGCUGGCCCACACUGAGCGCCUGAAAGCUAAGAAUAAUGGAAAUGAGGGACAAGACGAGGAAGAUGUGCUGAACCAUGAUUCUGUCCUGUUGAGGAACCCUGAACCUGCCCAUGAAUUGGUGUUUUGUAAUUGCAACUACUAUGCUGCAAGUCAGGGUAAUUUAAUUGUGAUGCAUGUUUAUUAUUAUAAUGGGAUUGUUUUCGAUGAUUAUUUUGUUAAUAUAAAAGUUGUGACAUUAGCAGGGUUCCACAUUAGCGCGAAAAUAUUUGCUACCCAAAUUCAUUCACGUCAGAAGUUGGAGGUUGUUGGACUUGGUGUUCACAAACCUACAGGUGCCCAAUUAACAAUGAACAUGGACAUUGGGUCGUGGUCAAUUGCCAAAGUGAAUUGUCUUCAACGUAGUUAUUGUUAUUGCCCAUGA